GAGAAGCGGCUGGGGGCGGAGAUCGCCCCUCCGGAGCUGUUUGUUCCUAUUGCUCUGUGUGUGCAGGGGGAGGAGGGUCCUGGCCGGCCGCCUUCCCCUGCUCUCGCUGAGCUCUAUGUGAGGGGAUCGGGGCGCUGAUGUGCCUGGGCAGGGGCGGCGGCGGCGGCGCUGCUGCUGCUGCCGGCGGAGGAGAAGGAGGCUAGCGGGGCUGCGGUCUGUCCGGCGGGCCCGGCGCCGGGGGGAUGCAGCGGAGCGUGGGCCGGGGGGGAGCUGAUCGGAGAGGGAAAGCCGCCGCCGCCGCCGCCCGGAGAGGCCGAGGAGGAGCGGAGCGGAGCAGCCCUGACAUGCCUUUCCCUCUGCCUCCUCUCCAGCGGCCAUGUUAGCCCGGAAAGCCUCGGCGAGCGCGGCUGCGGGAGCUGCCUACCCGGCGGGCAGGGGAGGGGACAGUGGCCGCCAGCUGCAGUCUUCCCCGGGCAUCGGAGCCGGGGGAUCCCGGACGGGAGCUGGGACCGGCCCGCCAUCACCCAUCGCCUUGCCGCCGCUUAGGUCCAGCAACACCGCCCACACGGUUGGAGGCAAUAAGCACACAAUGAAUGAGCACCUGCACGUUGGUAGCCACGGACAGAUUCAGGUUCAACAGCUGUUUGAAGAUAAUAGCAACAAGAGGACAGUUCUAACAACACAACCAAAUGGGCUUGCAGCAGUAAGCAAAUCUGGAUUGUCAGUGGUGCCGGACAGACAGAUAGACAGUGCUCAUAGACGACAGGGGAGCUCCAGUUCUUUAAAAUCGACAGAUGGGACAGGGAAGGUGAAAGCCUCCUUUAUGAUACCAGAGCAAGCAAUGAAGCAAUACAUGCAAAAACUAACAACCUUUGAGCAUCAUGAAAUUUUCAGUUACCCUGAAAUAUACUUUUUGGGUCCAAAUGCAAAGAAGCGGCCAGGUGUGAUUCAAGGUCCAAACAAUAGUGGUUAUGAUGAUGACCAGGGGUCUUACGUGCAAGUACCCCAUGAUCAUAUUGCAUACAGGUAUGAGGUCCUGAAAGUAAUAGGGAAAGGAAGUUUUGGGCAAGUUGUGAAGGCUUAUGAUCACAAGACCCAUCAACAUGUGGCGUUAAAAAUGGUGAGAAAUGAAAAACGUUUCCACCGUCAAGCUGCAGAAGAAAUUAGAAUUCUGGAGCAUCUAAGGAAACAGGAUAAGGAUAACAACAUGAAUGUUAUUCACAUGCUGGAAAACUUUAUAUUCCGCAGCCAUAUCUGCAUGACAUUUGAGUUGCUGAGCAUGAACCUUUACGAGCUAAUAAAGAAAAACAAAUUUCAGGGCUUCAGCCUGCCAUUAGUCCGCAAGUUUGCCCACUCAAUUUUACAGUGCUUAGAUGCUUUGCACAAGAAUAGAAUCAUUCACUGUGACCUUAAACCAGAGAACAUUCUGUUGAAGCAACAGGGUAGAAGUGGUAUUAAAGUUAUUGAUUUUGGCUCUAGUUGUUAUGAGCAUCAACGUGUCUAUACUUACAUUCAGUCACGUUUCUACCGUGCUCCGGAAGUGAUCCUGGGUGCUCGUUAUGGGAUGCCUAUCGAUAUGUGGAGCUUGGGCUGCAUUCUAGCAGAGCUUUUAACAGGUUACCCGCUCUUACCUGGAGAAGAUGAAGGGGACCAACUGGCUUGUAUGAUAGAGCUACUGGGCAUGCCGUCCCAAAAACUACUGGAUUCAUCCAAACGAGCCAAAAAUUUUGUGAGCUCUAAAGGUUAUCCCCGUUAUUGUACCAUUACCACAUUGUCUGAUGGUUCUAUAAUACUCAAUGGUGGCCGCUCCCGAAGGGGAAAAUUGCGUGGCCCACCGGAGAGCCGAGAGUGGGGGAACGCAUUAAAGGGAUGUGAUGAUCCCCUCUUCCUUGACUUCUUAAAACAGUGUUUAGAAUGGGAUCCUGCUAUACGCAUGACACCCAGCCAGGCUUUACGGCAUCCCUGGCUUAGGAGACGUUUGCCAAAGCCUCCAACUGGAGAGAAGGCAUCGGCAAAACGAAUAACAGAAAGCACUGGUGCUAUAACGUCAAUUUCCAAGUUACCUCCAACAUCAAGCUCGGCUUCAAAACUUAGGACUAAUUUGGCACAGAUGACAGAUGCCAAUGGGAAUAUUCAGCAGAGAACAGUGUUGCCAAAACUCGUUAGCUGAGUUUGAAUAACCCAAUGCUGGUCAUACGAGAAAUGCUACAUUGCUGAGCCUUAUUCAUAUGAAAAAGUAGCUCAGAUUUUUAUUUGCUCAAUAACUUUAUUCAUUUGUAUCUUUUCAGCACUCAUUUUAAAUGUAAGAAAUUUUGAUUUUGUUUUUAUAAAAAUAUGGGGACAAUGCUUUAAGUUUUUAUACUUAUUUUUAAAAGUGUUUGUUUUCUAAAGUACAAUUAGCCUUACUGUAAUUAGUGUGGUACAGUAAUAAACAUCAGUGGCAGGCCACUGGUUACAACACGACUGUCAUGCAUUACAGCUUAGUGUCAAAGGUGUUAACCAUUUUUUUCCACAUGGUUCAUGUUAGUUUUCCCGUGGACAGAGGUGAAAGUGGGCAGCAGUGCUUUAAGGACUCUCCUUAAAGUCACUUCCCCGUUUUCCCCGCCCCGGGGCCGCCAGUGUGGGGGGGAUGGGGCAGCUGCCCCGGGGCCCGGCGAUUUAAAAGAGCCCGGGGCUCCUGGCUGCUGCUACUGCAGCAGCGGCUGGUGCCCCGGGCCCUUUCAAUUGCCACUGGAGCCCCGGGUGGUGCAGGCCAGGCAGCGUGGAAUGGCUGGCUGGGGAAGGCUGACCCCCCCCACCCUGCCCCUUCCACCCAAGGCCCCGCCCCUUCCCGGGGCCCAUACUGGUAAGUCUUUUAUCUUACUUUCACCCCUGCCCUUGGGGUAAAUUUGCAAUACUCUUCCUUCUCUGAAUUCAUUUACAGAUAUAGGUCCUGAUCCUACAAACACUUACACAAGUGCUUAAUUUGAUGCCGGUGAGUCUAGUUACAUGAGUACAGUCAAGCACCUGUGGAAUGGGGGCCAUAGCAUGUUUUCAUUUUCCAUACAGUAGCUUGGAAGAAAUGAUAUUUUGUAACAAUGAUAUAGCUAAAUCCUAUAGAUUUUUUUGAAAAGAAAAAACAACAUUAAUGAUUAAAAUAAAUGUUCAAAUGUAAGCCAAAAAAAAGAGAAGAAGCUGUGUCCAGCACUAAAAUUACCCAAGUGGCAUUCAUAUUAUAUAAAAAAGAGAGAGAUGAACAGACAGUGGGAGAAUAAAUGAAGGUGGGAAUAUGUGUUAAUGUGACAAAGGAGCUACUUUCUAUAGAUGAAGUUAUAUAAAGCAAAAUGUUUUGCACAUAACUUUAGGUGUACAACCUAUAUUCAUGUUUGGUUUCCUUUUUUUCUCCUGUUUUCUUCUCUCUCUGCUUAAGUACAGCUAGGCCUCACUACAUCAUACAUUCAUUUUCAUACUGUAUCUUACAGACUGUUAAUGCAACACAAAUUUCACAGAUUUUUUUUUCCAGAUAAUCUGUUUGAUGGAUUAUGAAUUCUUUGGCACAUUUUAACUUCAGAUCAAAUCAGAGUACAAGGGCAAAUGUUGUUUUGCUCCUUCAAGAUAACUAUUCAUUUUUAGAAAACAAGACACUAGACAAGAAAGUCACUAACCUAAAGAAUGUUAAUUCUGAGCAUCUGCAAGUGUUAAUUGUUUCCUCAGUGGAAUGAUUGGAAGACAUAAAGUUAAUCAGUGAAAUAAACUGAUGCACUACAUCUCUAGGGGACAAAACAUUAAGGAAAAGAUAAGUGGUUUGAAUUAAUCGCUAGCAUGGUAGCUGAAGAAAACUUUGAAGGAAUGGUAGAGAUUUAAGUAGAUUUGUGUUUGUGUGUUGUUUUUUUUAAACUGCACUCAGAGAAGGAAGAUGGUCUUUUUCAAGGAGUGAUCUCUAGAGUUAGGGUGAGAAUGGUCACACAUGUCAUAUGUUUUCACUAGUAACAGUUUGUUAAAAUCAGUAUUAUAUUUCAAGCAAUGACCAUGAUCUACCUUGGAUGUAUGAAGUACAUGAAAAGGAAAUUUUGAAGAAAGUAGAACAUAAUCUAAAAGGAUUUGCGGAUGUCAGAACAAGAGAAGUUUGGGUGGGUUGCAUAAAACUUCAAUAACUUUAUUAUAAACAAUGUUUAUAUGCACAGAUUGCAUUAAAUUACUUGUAAAAGUUAUUAAAAAUACUUAAAGCAUGGUCCCCAGAGAGGCCAAGAAAGUUUCCGGUUAAGUUCUCAUUCAUAUUCAUUCAGAUUUUUCAUUUAAAAAGAAAGCAACAUAAGUUUUAUUUAACUAAAGACUCUGGGGGCGGGGUAUGGAAAAGAAAUGACACUACUCUCAGGAAACAUAUAAUACAACUAUUUGCCAAAAAGUCAGUACACAAAGAAAUCCUGAAAAUUAAUUUCUGAUAAAGGAUGGUGUUUAUUGAUGAUUGAUAACAUUAAACAUUCAAACACUGAUAAACUAAUUUUUCUUACUAUAUUUUUUAAAUUAUAGUUUCCUGCCUCUAGUCAAAUUUUAAAUUAUUUAGAAAGUGUUAAAUGUAAACAAUUUUAUACAAUAUGUGGAAGUGCAAUAUAUAAACAUGUAUGGAAUCAUAUUCAAAAAUGAAAUAUAAUACAAAUAGGUAACAGUGGCUUCUGGAAUCUAAAUAUCUGGUGAUUGACAAUUGGUAAUUUCUAGGUCUGGAAAAACAUUUAUUUACAUGUAAAAUAAACCAGUUAAGCUCCUACCCUCCAGCUGUUUAGGAAAUCAGCAAGGGAUAAAACAGGAAUUCCAUUAUGUUAGAAAAAAUGAUUCUCCCCCCCCCACCCCGUAUGUUUUCUAAAUUAAACAUUGGAACCUGUACCUGCCUUUAAUGUAAAUUUAAGGUGAAAAUAUACAUAAUGGUCAUGGGUCAUUAGUAGACUAAAACCACUACAUUUUCCUUUUCAUGUAACCAGUUUUUUAAAUACCAGUAAUGCAUUUGUGAUGGACUUUAUUCAUAAAUGCUACCGGAAACUUUUAAGCCAAAAUAUAGUGUGCGGAGCUAUUUUUAACCCAAAUACAGUAAACUUCCUCUUCAUUUAAAAGAGCAGCUAUAUUAUGGAUUUUAGUGAUAUAGCUCUUGUUAUUGUAGCUUAUUUAUAAAUGUAAAAAGAAGGGGGGGGGAAGAAACUGAUAUUGCCUCUUGCUUUGAUGUGAUUUAAUGAUAAGGGCUCUGAUAAUUAGGCUGAUAGAAGUGGCUUGGAAACAGUGCUUAGUCUCACAUGUUACCAUUGUCUAGAGAUGUCUGAGCUAUUUUCAGAUUUCGUAAUAGCACAGUGUUGUCUUGUCUUUGGUUGCAGUCUCAUUGGACUCAGUUUCUUGCACCACUGGAGUGUUCAUUACCACUUAAGUGUAUUGGAACAACAGAGUGAUGCAAGACGUGUAGAUUAACAACAGAGGAUAGAUUGUGCUCUUGGUGUUAACAAUGUGCCUUUUGUUAUAAAUGCCAUUUUGUAGGGCAGACAUCUUGGCCUGUUUAACCCUUUGAAUACUAGAUAAUAAGGAUGAAAUCUAUUUUUAAAUGCUAGAUCUAUCUUAAAACAUCCUGUACGUUUUCAAAGCCUUAAUAGAAAACAUAAGGCAAUCACACUACGUUGGAUAAAACAUUCUGUUAUUGUAGUAACUUCUAUGUUGCUUAAGGGGUUAAAGAUGGCACUUCAUGGUUAGUUGUAUCUUAACAUCAGACUGAUUUUUUUAAUAUGUUUUUGUUAUGGUAACACUAGUGGAAAUCAACUGUAUUUGUAAAAAUUUACCUCAAACUGCUUAAUUUUAUAGUGUGAUUUAAUCCCAGGGCAUUUGGUAUGAACCAAAGUGCAUUCCUUUUAUAUGUGCCUGGCUCUAAUAAAGAUGGCCAGGGAUUUUUACAAUUUGGGUGCAAGGCACUUAAGCCACUUUUAACUUGGUGGGUGGUUUGGAGCGAUAAAGGACUCCAUAAGAAUGUUAAAACACUUUAGACAUAAGUAGCAUUGGGCUAUAUUUGAAUCUUUAGGAAAGUGUGUGUAUUAUUUGAUGCUCUCCAUUUUUAUAACACCUUUUUGUCCCCAUCAAGAAUAUUUCUGGUAAGUAGGAGACUUUUUUUUUUUUUUUAAUUCUUGCUGUCAGUAAAGAUUUUAAUAUUGCCCAACUUGAUGCUGCGGUAGCAUUUAAAUAAAAAAAAGCAUUUGUGAAUUAUUGUUUGUAGGGGCUUGUACAUCUCUGCUACAAAUUGUAAUUACUCAGCUCAACUGCUACAAUUACGUCUAAGCAGUAGCUUGGGUUUGUAUUGAGCAACGACUUAGACACGUGACUGUAAUAUGCUGCAACUGUGUGUACUGAAAACGUGAAAAAUGAUUGAAUGUGGACUGUGUAUAUAUGUUUGUAUAAUUUUCUGUGAGAUGCUGCUGUCGCCACUUAACAUGAAAUAUGUUGUAGUGGAUUUUAAUCCUAGUGGCCAGUUUUAUGAUACUGUAUGUAUUGUACAGCUGAUGACAGGAGUAAGACUGUUUUAGUGCAUAUUUGUUACAGUUUAUUGUUGUGGCCAGAGAUCAUUUCAGAAUAAAACUUUAUGUCCUACUUUU